AUGAACACCUACGCAAUGCGUACGGGGCUUCGAGUUUCGGCGGUGUGUGCAGUUCUUCUGUUUACUAAUCUCGCAGCUUCACUUUCCCCCAUCUCCGUAAACGGCGCAAAGCUCUACGAUGGAGACGGAAAGCAGUUCUUCGUCAAAGGAGUUAUUUACGCGGGAAAUGGAGAGCAGGAUGUCUUGCUUGACGGUAAACAAUGCCAGAUCGACGCCGGACUAAUGAAGAGCCUUGGUGUUAAUACUAUACGAGUUUAUGGGGCCGAUUCUACCAAAGACCACAAAGACUGUAUGGAAGCUUUUUCAAGUCAGGGCAUCUACGUUUGGAUGGACUUGGCAACUUCCUCCAGAAGAAUCCCGGCGACAAAACUAGGAUGGACAGCCGACUUGUACAACAACUUCACUUCCACCGUCGACCAUUUUGCCGGAUAUGAAAAUCUUCUCGCCUUUACGCUUGGUGCCGAGGUCCUAGAUAAUACAAACAAAGGCAGCCUGGGUGCUAUAGCCGUCAAAGCAGCUGCCAGGGACAUUCGAGCAUUUAGAGAUGCCAGAGGCUACCGCCAGAUACCCGUUACUUAUUCUUCAGCCUCCGCCGGGCCACAUUUAUCUCUAUCAGGACAGUUCUUGGCGUGUGGCGAUACCAAGAAUAGAAUCGAGAUGUUCGGAAUUGACUCUUACAGCUUGUGUGGCGAUUCGUUUUCCAUACCAACUCCCUUCGACCGAUUAUACGAGACCUUUGAGCAUUACAAUAUCCCGAUAGUAUUCACAGAGACGGGCUGUGUCGCAAAUGGGAGCAACAAACGCGAUUUCAAAGAGAUCCAGACGAUGAUGUCGCCUCUUUUCCAGAACAAGUUCUCUGGUGCCAUCGUGUAUGAAUGGGCCCAGCAGUCGAGCGAUUUCGGGCUUGUGGAAUACUCGGACAGCGCCCAAACGGGAACUCCUUCGAUGCUUGACGAUUACAGCGCGCUUUCGACCGUAUUCUCGACCAUCAGUCUUCCUGUGACACCCGUGUUGUCUUAUACUGCGACUGAGACUGCGCCCGCGUGUCCUACAUUCAAUUCAGCGUCGAGUUGGGCAAUCCCUGGAGAUGUCAUUCCCCCUACCUCUAUAAGCGGAAUCGAUAUUGGUACGGUGACGUCUCGCACGACAAUUAUCUCGUCUUCGGGCUCAAAAUCCGCUUCUCAAACGGGAACAGACACGCGCACCAAUGCAGAGGCUGGUACCGGCACUGGCGCAGUUUCCGAAGGAUCCGAUCAAGGUGAACAACAAGCAGCAUUGUCAGGCGGCGCUUUGAUAGGGGUCAUCGUUGGCUGUGUCCUAGCAGCACUUUUAAUAUUGGCGGUGGCUAUCUUUUUCUUCAUGCGUAGAAGAGGUUCAAGGGAUAUUCAGGAAAUCGACCACCCUCGGCGUGCGUCUCCAGAUGCAAGCGAGGGGCUUCAGGUUGACCCGGGCGACACUCUUUACUCUACGACGGUUGUCUCAUCUAAAGGGGAAGAUUUCACGGAAAAGAUUGAGUUGCCAGCAAACUCGAUCGGACGCAGGACACCACUACAAGAGUUGGAUGCGACGCCACAGAAUUUGAACCUGAGCAAAAGCGACGCGGACGUUCACCAUAUCGCGGCAAUGGACCGUCCCGCCCCAAGUGCCAUUAAGGGGUUUGCCCCAGCAGCCAAGGUGUCAUCUCUUUAUGAAAUGCCGGAUACCAGCUUAAAUCUUCUAGGACGUGCCCGAGAAAGAUAG